CGUCUUUCUGAAGGUGUCGGUGAGCUUCUGUUUUGGAAGCCAUUAUAUGGUGCCUCCCACCACUCAGUCCAGAUUUAGACCCUGCAGCCUUUCCCAGACUGUCGAGGGCCCAGUUGGUUGAAUCGUCACAUAUUUCUCUUCUUCUUCACCACGUCUGGUCCAACACGUCCAGACCCGCUAACCUUCCGGAUGUACCCUGAGGACUGCGGAUUGAGGUAGUUGAUGUGGUUGCAGACCUGCUGCAGCACCUACACACUCAUGGAGCCUCAUGCAGAGGUGCCGUUAUUUGAGAUGGAGCUGGACGAGGACGAGAGAGGCGACGUCUUAGUGGCGACUGGAGUCGGGGCCACGCGGGCGGCGGCGGCGGGCCCCGAGCGGGACGCCUUCAUCUACAUGAACUUCAUGAAGCAUCACAGCUGCUACGACGCCAUCCCCACCAGCUCCAAGCUGGUGAUCUUUGACACGUCACUGCAGGUAAAGAAGGCUUUCUUUGCCCUGGUGGCCAACGGCGUGAGAGCCGCACCGCUAUGGGACAGCAAGCGCAAGUGUUUUGUCGGCAUGCUGACCAUCACAGACUUCAUCAACAUUCUCCAUCGUUACUACAAGUCUCCUCUGGUUCAGAUCUACGAGCUGGAGGAACACAAGAUCGAGACGUGGCGAGAGAUCUAUCUCCAGUACUCCACCAACAGCCUCAUCAGCAUCGCCCCUGAAGCCAGUCUGUUCGAUGCCAUCUACUCGCUGCUGAAGAACAAGAUUCACAGACUGCCCGUCAUCGACCCGGCGUCGGGAAACGUCCUCCACAUCCUGACGCACAAACGCAUCCUCAAGUUCCUCCACAUAUUUGGUUCCUCCAUUCCCAAGCCAUGGUUCCUGCAGAAGCAGAUCUGUCAGCUGGCCAUCGGGACCUUUAAAGAGAUCGCAACAGUGUCAGAAUGGGCGUCGGUCUAUGACGCUCUGAGCAUCUUUGUGGAGCGGCGAGUGUCCGCCCUGCCUGUGGUCAACGAGCAAGGCAAAGUGGUGGCGCUGUACUCCAGAUUUGACGUGAUUAACCUGGCAGCCCAGAAAAACUACAACAACUUGAACAUGACCAUGAAGGAGGCCAUCUCCUGCAGAGCCUGCUGCAUGGAGGGCGUGCUCAAGUGUUACCCUCACGAAACCUUGGAGACCAUCAUCGACCGCAUCGCCCUGGCUGAGGUGCAUCGUUUGGUGCUGGUAGACACGGAGGAUGUGGUGAGGGGGAUCGUGUCUCUGUCAGACCUCCUCCAGGCGCUGGUCCUCACCCCCGCAGUCCCCGGGAUGUGUGGCCGGCCCUCUCCUCGUCUGGCUUCUGAUCAUCUCCUCCUUCGCACUUGUUUUCAUUCCCAAAUACUAGCAGGCCCGCAGCAGCGAGAGACUAUUUUCAAAAGACCCCCGCGCUAGUGGCUCCGUGUGUGCCCAAUCCUUCAGAAAAAAAAGUCCACAUUGUACUCCCCUUCCAAACGUCAUCUGGCUCCCUCACAGUGUCACGCCUCCUCCACCCCUCACCUGGCCAGACUUCUUUUUAAAAAUUUUUUUUU